AUGCUGCUGCUACUUGGCCUGAUCUGCGUACUCACAGUGGUCGCGACUUACGUUACCGUGUUUAUGACAAUUGGGAUGCGGUCGCAAAUACUGCGCGCAUUACUACUGCACGCGUUGGCAUUGUGCCAAGGUGUAAAGCUCAAGUGGGUGACCGAGCCGGACCUCGCGUUCCACGUUCUCAAGUCAACCGGAGACAAAGGCGAGAUGAUUGAAGCAAGACUAGCAUUACCAGCCUGGAGUCCCGUCAUCUCACUCGAAUCAGUUAAUGGAGAACAAUGGCGACGGAUGAAGACGCACUUCACGAAACUGACUCACGUGUUGCAGCCCAUCUCCCACCUCACGACCAUUUUCGAGACCCGUGGCCAAAAACUACUGAAGUCCGACGUGGUAAUCGACGCCCUUAAGUUGAACGAGCUGUCGGUUGCAUGUUUCUACGAGUGGGUCUUUGAACGGGAGUUCGACAGUGAAACAUUCGCUGAGGUUUGUCAAGCAACGUGGGAGUGGCGGAAGCAAAUUGCACUCAAAGGAUUUGCGGACUGCGGCGUGAAGAAGCGCACAAUUGAGUGGUGUGUGGAAGAGAUCAAGCGCACUCCUCGAUUGUACGAUUUAUUUGGCGAGAAAUGGGCGGAACCGGAAUAUUAUUCGCUCAUUUUGCAACCGUUUAUACUCUCACCGGCGAUCAACCUGACCGACGUCGCUGUGGUAGUCAAAGAGUGGGCGAAGACGACUUCUGCGACGGAGCCAAUUACACUGGAGAUUAUUCGACAAUGUGUGUGUAGUGCUCAUCCAUUCCCAGUGGUGGAACGGUACUUCCCUUCAGGCGACGCUGCGAUGAAUAUCGCACCGAACACUCAUGUUCUGAUCCCGCUGGAUGAGAUGGCGGGUGAUGCAUUCGCUGCUGGAGUUGAUUUGACGUUUGGUGCAGGAUCUCGCGUUUGUGUGGGACGUCACAUGGCCAUGAAAGCGAUGCUGGGGUUGUUCACGGAUUGUAUGGUGCGCUCGGACAAGUUCCAGCCAAGACUAAACCACAAGUACUCGGGACGUCAUAAUGACGGAGAGGAAACUGCGAUCGAAACUUUAUAUCAAGUGCAGUUUGUGAUACUCGAAAACGUGCUGAGUGCAACAAGGAAAUGUAAAAGGAGCUAA